GAUUGAGCGAAAAUGGUUUGGAGGACAAAGCACGGAGCCGGAGGUCUGUUCUGUAGCGGCAUAGCGCUGUGACGUGUCUGUGACUCUGUGUGUGUGUGUAGACGGUCUCCUCCGGUAUGAAUAAAACAGUAAAAACCGGGUUGGUGGAUGAUCGGUGGCGGUGAAAACUGAGAACUGAAGCGGCUUAUCAUAUCACCUCACCUAUGCCUACGGCUACGAGAGUCUAUCCAGAUUCCAGAAACCUUUUUUGGUUGGUCGUUAACUCGUUACUCGUUAGUCUUCAAUAUGGUGUGUACGGAGGGUGAAGAGAAGAGGAGGCUCAGCAGCCGCCCAUCAAAUCCGGCGUCCGCCCCUUUUCAAAACAAAGUCAUACAAUUAAAUAUCAAACCAGAAAUAAAGUAACCCGGCGGUAACGUACAGUACGGAUUCAUGCACAUCGCGCGCUCUGUUUCCUCUCCCUCUAUCUUCCCCCUCCGCUCCAUCGGUGAAAGUGAAAUAAAAAGUAAAAUCAAGUACAAAUCUAAGCAGAUUCAUGCAAUCAGGUGGAGCAGGUCUUUCUUCUAUUUAAUUGCUGUCGAAUCCUAUUUCUUCUCUAUCAAAUGAAUCACCUUGGGAUCUUUUCCUUCUACAUAGAGACUCCAACUUCAUACCUUCUCCAGACCCAAAUAUCUUCGUCUUAAGUUCUAGGUACAGCGAGUUCUAGCAUCAUGCCGUGCAUCACAUAUGUUGUAUCAAGGGCAGCUCUUCUUCCAACUCGGAUAAAGAAAGACUAAUUUUUUCAUUUAUCUUGGAACAACCCCAUUAUUCAAUACUUAUGGGGAUGUAGUAGCUUGGCAUGAUCAUGUUUAACCGCUAAAUAUUGUAUAAAUCUGAAUGUACACAAGAAGAUUUUCUUUAAUGGAGCUGAAAGAAACCGAUAUUGAAGAUGGAGCUUCUGACAAAGUAAGGCUUCACCAAUUCUGGCCACUUAAUGAAGUUGAUCCCAAGAAUUCAAAAUUCCCAUGCUGUAUAGUUUGGACCCCACUCCCUGUAGUUUCAUGGCUGGCACCUUUUAUUGGUCAUGUUGGUAUAUGCCGGGAGGAUGGGGCUAUCAUUGGUUUUGCAGGGUCUAAUUCUGUCAACAUAGACAGUUUUGCUUAUGGUGGUCCAGCCAGAUAUCUUCAACUUGACAGGGAACAGUGCUGCUUUCCUCCGAACUUAGCUGGUCACACGUGCAAGCAUGGCUACUGGCAUGUGGAGCAUGGAACUGCAAUCACAUGGGAUGAUGCACUGCACUCAAGCAUGCAUCACUUUGAGAACAAAUCUUUUAAUCUGUUCGUUUGCAACAGCCACUCAUUUGUUGCCAAUUGUUUAAACAGGCUCUGUUAUGGUGGCUCCUUGGGGUGGAAUAUGGUUAAUGUUGGUGUUUUGAUUCUGUUAAAGGGGCGGUGGGUUGAUUGGAAGUCAGUCAUAAGGUCCUUCUUUCCUUUUGCUUUGGUGCUCUGCCUGGGAAUUUUGAUGGCUGGGUGGUCGUUCUUGAUCGGGUUUGCAUCCUUUUCUCUCCUCCUCAUUGGGUGGUUUUUAUUAAGAACUUAUUGCCUCAAGAGUUUGAUAGAAUGUUAGAUCUUUAGUCAUCAACCCAGAUUGUCCUGAUGGAAAAAACGGAAUGGAUACGUUUCAUUUCAUGUGUCUUUUAUUGGCAUGGUUAGGACCGAAAAAGGGGAAAAAGUAGUUACCUUCUCAUCUAUGUAUGCUAUAAGAUGCUUGUAGAGGGGACUAAAGUGAAUUAAGAACUCAACUUUGCUCCCAGGCACGCCUUUCUGUCUGGGCUCUUAGACCUAUCAAAGCAGUACAUGCAAUAAAUUAAAGUAACCAAUUUCUUA